GUUUUUUUCCAUUUUCUUUCUUUUCUCGAUAUUCUUUCUCCACUCGAGGACCCUGAACUUUCACUUUCAAUUCAUCUCUCAAUUCACCACUAAGACUCUCAAUCACCGUCAACAUGCCUAUCUCAAAGAAGGAUCGCAGAAACAAGGAGCACAAGAAGGCCGACGCUGCCGGUACUCGCGCUCCCGUCAAGGCCAACGGUCUCCCCGUCAAGGCCCCCAAGCCCACCUCCAUCUGCCAAAACUGCCGCAAGGAGAUUGUCAACACCAACAAGCUCCAGCUCGAGGUCCACGCGUCAACACACGACGCUAAGCUCUGGCCCAAGGAGAAGUGCUGGCCCAACGACUUCCAAUAGAUCACAAAUUGAUCUUGGGUAUUAGGAUGGUGAAGAUGAAAGGCGUUGCUACACAAUAGCGCAUGACUGGCUGAAUUUGAGGGGGUGCGCGGUUUUGAGUCGUGGUAAUGAUUCAUGAAGAAAGAUAGACUGACAAAAAAGAUGAAUGAACAAUUCAGGCGU